CUUGUUUUCUUUAAAACCUCUUGCUUUGAAAAGCUGCCUGCCAUGCCGACUGUGAUUAGUGCGUCUGUGGCCCCUCGGACAGGGGCUGAGCCCAGGUCUCCAGGGCCAGUCCCUCACCCAGCCCAGGGAAAGGCCACCGAAGCAGGGGGUGGACACCCAGGCAGCAUCUAUUCAGCCAUCAUCAGCCGCAACUUUCCUAUCAUUGGAGUGAAAGAAAAGACAUUUGAGCAGCUUCACAAGGAAUGUCUAGAAAAGAAAGUUCUUUAUCUGGACCCUGAGUUCCCACCGGAUGAGACCUCUCUUUUUUACAGCCAGAAGUUCCCCAUCCAGUUCAUCUGGAAGCGCCCUCUGGAAAUCUGUGAGAAUCCCCGAUUUAUCAUUGGUGGAGCCAAUAGGACUGACAUUUGCCAAGGAGACCUAGGGGACUGCUGGUUUCUCGCAGCCAUCGCCUGUCUGACCUUGAAUGAGCGGCUACUUUUCCGAGUUAUCCCGCAUGACCAAAGUUUCACUGAAAACUAUGCAGGGAUCUUCCACUUCCAGUUCUGGCGCUAUGGAGACUGGGUGGAUGUGGUCAUUGAUGACUGUCUGCCAACAUACAACAACCAGCUGGUCUUCACCAAAUCCAACCACCUCAAUGAGUUCUGGAGCGCUCUGCUGGAGAAGGCUUAUGCUAAGCUCCACGGUUCCUAUGAAGCCUUGAAAGGUGGGAACACCACUGAGGCCAUGGAGGACUUCACCGGAGGGGUGACGGAGUACUUCGAGAUCAAGGAUGCUCCCCGAGACAUGUACAGGAUCAUGAGGAAAGCCAUCGAGAGAGGCUCCCUCAUGGGCUGCUCCAUCGAUGAUGGCACGAACAUGACCUAUGGAACCUCUCCUUCUGGCCUGAACAUGGGGGAGUUGAUUAAGCGGAUGGUGAGGAACAUGGAUAACUUGCUGCUCAGGGACUCAGACCUCAUCCCCCGAGGCUCAGAUGACAGACCAUCACGGACGAUUGUUCCCGUUCAGUAUGAGACAAGAAUGGCCUGUGGGCUGGUCAAAGGUCAUGCCUAUUCUGUCACUGGACUGGAGGAGGCCCUGUUCAAAGGCCAGAGAGUGAAGCUGGUGCGGCUACGGAACCCCUGGGGCCAGGUGGAGUGGAGCGGCUCCUGGAGUGACAGCUGGAAGGACUGGAGCUUUGUGGACAAAGAUGAAAAGGCCCGUCUGCAGCACCAGGUCACUGAGGAUGGAGAGUUCUGGAUGUCGUAUGACGACUUCAUCUCCCACUUCACAAAGCUGGAGAUCUGCAACCUGACUGCUGAUGCCCUGGAGUCCGACAAGCUGCAGACGUGGACGGUGUCAGUGAACGAGGGCCGCUGGGUGAGGGGGUGCUCUGCCGGAGGCUGCCGAAACUUCCCAGACACUUUCUGGACCAACCCACAGUACCGCCUGAAGCUCCUGGAGGAGGAUGAUGACCCUGACGACUCUGAGGUCAUCUGCAGCUUCCUGGUGGCACUGAUGCAGAAGAACCGGCGGAAGGAUCGGAAGCUGGGCGCCAACCUCUUCACCAUUGGUUUUGCCAUCUAUGAGCACUGUCUUUGUUCAAAUCUGUGGCUGCUUCUUCUGUUUCUCUUCAAGGUUCCCAAAGAGGCCCACGGGCACCUCUGUCCCCAGAUGCACGGGAACAAGCAGCACCUGCAGAAGGACUUCUUCCUGUACAACGCCUCCAGGGCCAGGAGCAAAACCUACAUCAACAUGCGAGAGGUGUCCCAGCGCUUCCGCCUGCCUCCCAGCGAGUACGUCAUCGUGCCCUCCACCUACGAGCCCCACCAGGAAGGGGAGUUCAUCCUCCGUGUCUUCUCUGAGAAGAGGAAUCUCUCAGAGGAAGUUGAAAAUACAAUCUCUGUGGAUCGACCUGUGAAAAAGAAAAAACCCAAGCCCAUCAUCUUCGUUUCAGACAGAGCAAACAGCAACAGAGAGCUGGGUGUGGACCAGGAGUCAGAGGAGGGCAAAGACAAAGCAAGCCCCGAUAAACGAGAGAAAUCUCCACAGCCACGGCCUGGCAACACUGACCAGGAAAGCGAGGAGGAGCACCGAUUCCACGACAUUUUCAAGCAGAUAGCAGGUGACGACAUGGAGAUCUGUGCAGAUGAACUCAAGAACGUCCUCAACGCGGUUGUGAACAAACACAAGGAUCUGAAGACACAAGGGUUCACGCUGGAGUCCUGCCGCAGCAUGAUUGCCCUCAUGGAUACAGAUGGCUCUGGGAGGCUGAACCUGCAAGAGUUCCAUCAUCUCUGGAAGAAGAUCAAGGCAUGGCAGAAAAUCUUCAAACACUAUGACACAGACCAAUCCGGCACCAUCAACAGCCACGAGAUGCGCAAUGCAGUGAACGAUGCAGGCUUCCACCUCAACAGCCAGCUCUACAACAUCAUCACCAUGCGGUACGCAGACAGACACAUGAACAUAGAUUUCGACAGCUUCAUCUGCUGCUUCGUCAGGCUGGAGGGCAUGUUCCGAGCUUUUAAUGCAUUUGACAAGGAUGGAGAUGGUAUCAUCAAACUCAGCGUUCUAGAGUGGCUGCAGCUCACCAUGUAUGCCUGAACCUGGCUCACCCAAGAUCACACAGGACCUCUCAGGAGACAGUCCCACCCAGGAUGGCUGGAGCCACUGGGCCUUGAAGGACACAGUAGCUGAACCCCACAAGGCCUCCAGGAAGCUCCUUGGUCUUGUUUUUCCUCCACUUUGCAUGACAUGGUCUUCAUCUAUCAUGGCCAGCCUGACCCUUGGGAGAACAACUGUGUCCCUUUGCCUCACGAAGGCCAAUGUCUGCCUCAGGGAGGUGCGGCCUUGUUCGAGGCCUGCUGACUCUGGGCAGGCUGGGCUCGCCCUGGGCUGUUGGUAGAAGCAUGUGCCAGGGCUGGGUACUUACCUGUGCAGGAGUGGCACUCAUCCUCUGCCUCCCCACUGCAGGAGUCAGCACAUUUCUACCUGGACCUGCCUAUUUCAGGGUGGCCUGCUCUGGGCUACACUAAGUUGGUGGUUAGAGCUGGAUACUUUGGAUUUCUGACUCUCAAGUUUGGCUGCAUUCUGAAAAAGUUGAUCUAAAUAAAGGCAUGUGAAUGGCUGGUU